UCAAAGUCGCAGGGCGGGCCGAGUGGACUUCGGCUGCUAGCCCGGGGCUCCUCGCGGCCCUGGCGUCGCCCCCCCAGCCCCGUGGAGGCUCCCGUCACCAAGCUGCCCGCCGGCUUCCCCGGCCGUCGUCUGCGGGGUCCCGCCAGCUGUCGAGUGACCCUCGGGACCGCCGCGUCGACCCGCGCACCCGCGGGGCCGAUUGGCGCGGAGCGUUCGGAACCCGCGGGCGCGUCCCGGAGCUGCGGAGCCCGCGCGCGGGCCAGGCCGGGCCGGGCCGGGCCGGGCCGGGAGCCGAGCGGCCGCCGCGGCGCUGCGUGAGCGGGGUGCAGAUCGCUGCCUGCGCCCUGCCCCCCGGCGCCGCCUCCGAGCACGACCACGGCGCCGGACGCUCGGAACUGGGCUUAUACCCAGAUGGCCACGGAAACCGACUUUCUGAGUGACCAAAAUCACAGACAAAGUGAAGUUCUUAGACAAAGUCAAAUGGAAAAUUUUUCCAAAUACUCAACUACACAGAGAGCUGUCCUCAGAGAAGAUGGAGAUGACAUAUCCGUGAGCUCAGCAGUCAGCCACAGCUUUUUCACUUCUCUUAUUACUGAGUAUGAAAAACACGUGGACCAGCUAAGUGGACAGGUGAAAUACUACCAGCAACGGAUGGGUGAGAUGAAAUUACAGCUUGAAAAUGUCAUCAAGGAAAAUGAAAGGCUGCAUGGGGAGCUGAAAGAUGCCAUUGAGAAGCAGCUGGACACUUUGCCCUUGGGCUCGGAGCUGUGCGGCGAGCUGUGCGCAGACCAGGAGACCAUCAAGAACCUCCGGGAGCAGCUGCACAUCGCCAACGAAGAGAAAGCUUGGGCUGUGGAACUCUGGCAGACAGUUUCUCGGGAGUUCAGUGCCCUGCAGAGACGUCACCAGGAGCAGACGACCAAGGCCUACAUCCACAUAGCUGAAAGCCAGAAGCAAAAGACUAACCAACACUUUCUGGAUGCAGUAACUGAACAAAAUGUGGAAAUUGAGCAACUCCGAAAACAACUUAG